CAAAUAUUUGCAAUAUUGGGUCCAAACGGUACGGGAAAGACUACACUAAUCCGGGCCAUAUUGGGUGGCAUUAAACUGAAAAGUGGUUCAAUUCAUGUGUUUGGUGUGAAACCCGGUGCCGAUGGGUCGGGUAUUCCGGGUGCGGGCGUGGGAUAUAUGCCUCAAGAGUUGGCACUCUUUGACGAGUUUACUAUCGAAGAGAUUCUCAUUUAUUACGGAAUUAUAUAUCAUAUGAAUCGUCAGGAAAUUGAUAAAAGAAUCGCGAAUUUGAGAGAAAUAUUGAAUUUACCGGAAAAGUCACGGAUUAUCAGUCGGUUAAGCGGUGGUCAACAGCGCCGGGUGUCGAUCGCCAUAACUAUGAUUCACAGACCGAGACUUAUUAUACUGGAUGAGCCCACUGUGGGGCUCGACUCACUGCUCAGACAUAAGAUAUGGCAUUAUUUGGAGAACUUGUGCCAAACAAAUGGCCAAACAGUGUUAAUAACGACUCAUUAUAUAGAGGAGGCCCGGAGUGCGGCUCAGGUGGCGUUCAUGAACUCCGGCACUAUAUUGAAACAGUCGGCGCCCAACCAACUCAUGUCGGAAUACCAGUGCUCAACACUCGAGGAGGUUGAGUCGACCCCCACAGUGGGUUCAUCCAGUAUAAUAAGUCUCGGCCAAACAGUGUUAAUAACGACUCAUUAUAUAGAGGAGGCCCGGAGUGCGGCUCAGGUGGCGUUCAUGAACUCCGGCACUAUAUUGAAACAGUCGGCGCCCAACCAACUCAUGUCGGAAUACCAGUGCUCAACACUCGAGGAGGACCUCGAGAGUGCCGUCAAUUCCGUACGCAAUGGACGUAAUUAUUUGGCGCUUGAAUUCAGACAAAACUUUUCUUACGCUUUCAAGACACGAGUGACCGAUGAGUUUGAUGCCACCAAUGAGGACGUGGAGGAAAGCCUAAUACACUUAUAUAUGGAUAACUCAAACCAUAUGAUCACUACGUUUUCCGGAAAAUACUUAAUCAUGGGAUAUAAUAAGUUUUUGCAACAACUAGGACAUUCGCUUGAUAAAACCAACCUCUACAAGUUAGCCACACCCGUACAGGUGAACGAAGUUAUUUAUGUUGCUUUAUAUAAUAACGAUGAACAACCUCAACAACUGUCCCGGAUGUUCAUCGACUCUAUUGAUGGCCAACGUAUUAAAUUGAAUGAAUACCCGGACCUCGAGAGUGCCGUCAAUUCCGUACGCAAUGGACGUAAUUAUUUGGCGCUUGAAUUCAGACAAAACUUUUCCGACGCUUUCGAGACACGAGUGACCGAUGCGUUUGACGCCACCAAUGAGGACGUGGAGGAAAGCCUCAUACAUUUAUAUAUGGAUAACUCAAGCUUUAAUGGCGACCUUAAUAUUGUCUUUAAUGAUGAUAUCGGGAACUAUUUGGCCCUUAGAAGCCGUUCCCCACUACUUACGACUCGUAUCCCAUGUCUGUCCCAUAACUGA